AACACAUAUCCAUCGAUAUCUAUACUUGAUUCAGAGUAAUGAAUUAUUUUCGGUAAACCCCAUGUGUUUUUGGGGGUGGAUGGUAUUUUAAUUUUUGUCUUCAAAUAAAACCUUCACUUUGAUGGAGUUAAUGCAAAUGAAAACAUUGAUUUCAUUUUAUUUAUAAAGCAAGUCACUUAGAAAUUUUCGAAUCAUUUCGUAGAAAACCGUUGAGGUUAACUAUAGUUUGUUGUUGAAUUAAUAUUCAAAACGGUUACAUGCUAAUUUAACGUUAGAAAUAAAUAUUUCAUAUUGCCGACGUAUACAUUAUAGAAUAAACAGUUUUGUGCAGAAAUUAUUGUGAUAUUUAGUUAGUGCCAUGGAUACGCGAAGUCGAGUGUGGACUACCAACGGUGAACACAGUUCAAAUAACCCAGAUGUUAUAAGUGUUCAUAGAUCUGCUGCAAAUUCAAUAACAAGAAGUGCAUUAAAAGACCCAAGGCUGAAUCCAGAUUUUAUUGGAGUACAAUCAAAAUUUCGAAGAAAAUAUUAUUACAAAAUAAUAGUGGCCUUACUUAUAUUAUUAAUUAUUAUUUUACUUACAACUGUGAUAAUUCUUGCAUGCUUUAAAAAUUUUAAUUUUUCAGGAGCUUAUUCAAAAAUAGAUACAUGUAAAAGCAAAGAGUGCCUGCGAGCUAGUGCGAAUUUGCUAUACUCUAUGGACCUAACUGUGGAUCCAUGUGAGGAUUUUUAUAAAUUUUCAUGUGGAAAUUGGGAAAACGAUCAUCCAAAGCUUGAUUCGCUAUCAUCGAACGACUGGUUUAGAGAAGCUCAAGCUAAAACCACUCGAAUCGUAAGAGAAUUUCUCAAGUCCGAUAUUAAUGAGACAGAGCCAAAUGCCGUCAACAAGUCAAAACUAAUGUUUCAAGCUUGUAUGGAUCUUGAUUUAUUAGAUGAACUUAAUUUAGCGCCAUUAAUGCGUUAUUUAAAAGUAUUCCAAUUACCUCGAAUACCACCUGCACUUAAUAUUACACUACCAGCGGAAAACAAAGAGGAAGAUCCUGAAUUCAAUUGGAUUGCAACCUUAGUUCAGAUAAAAAUUCAUUUAGGAAUGGAUGUAAUUUAUGGGUUUGACAUAUUUCCCGACUAUUACAAUAGAACAGUGAAUAAAAUUGCAAUUGGAACACCAGAAUCAGAGUCAAUGUUUUUUUGUAGCAAUGACUAUAGCCAUAAACUAAUGACUAAGGCUAAACAUAAGAUUAUUGCAUCGAUGAAGGAAGAUGAUGAUACUGAGGACGACGACGAAGAAGAUGAUAAGGACUCAACUGUAUCAGAAGGUUUAUCAUCAUUUGUUACUUAUGUUAAGAAAGUUAUAACAGUCAUUGCAAUAUAUUUGUAUCCUGAGAUAAAUUCUGAGGAAUUUCAAGUGGCAGCUGGAGAACUUACAAUGGAUACCAUUAAAAUGAUGAAACAUUUUUACAAAUUGCAAGAAGAAGCAGAAAAUACAACAAAGAAAUCCGUCAACCCACUAGAAGAUCUUGUAUUUUUAACAAUAGAGGAAUUACAAAAUCAAACAGACAAUCUGAUUGAUUCAAAUUCUCUUCCCAUAUGGGAAUCAUACGUUCAGCUAAUGAUGGAAUCAAAUAAACGUUUUAAGGCAUCCGAAGAGAAAAUCCUUACCAGUCAUGCAGACCUUUUGUACUUGCAAAAAGUUUCCGAGUACUUAAUUGACAUAUCCCAACAUCGUCUUCAAUUUUAUUUAUGGCUAGAUGUAGUAUUGGAACUCAUAGCCCAUACAAAUUCAGCACUAAGACAUUUAUACAGUGAAAAUAUACAAUCGCUAACGCAAACUGAAGGUUCAACUUCUCGGUCGAUGUAUUGUGCAAAUGGAAUAAGCAAUUUAAUGGGAAUGGCAGUAAGCUUUAGCUUAGCUAACCAGGAAUUCUUUACAAAUUCAUUGCCAAGAGUUCAAGAAAUGUUGAAUUUAAUACGAGAAGCCUUCAACGAUUUAGUACGAACAACAUCUUGGAUGGAUAGCCAAACAAAGGAAGCUACAAUUCAGAAAUCAGCGGCAGUUAAAAGUCUUAUAGGUUUUCCCGACUGGAUAUUGGAUAAACAUUUACUCGAUGAAUUCUAUGCUGAUGUGAAUGUUAGUAGAAAAACGCAUUUGGAUAACUUGAUUAAUGUUGUAGCAUGGCAGAUGAGGUCGAAAAUCAAUGCAUUUCAGGACGUCAGUGAUGGUGAUUGGAAACUUUCGCCAUCUUUUGUGAAUGCAUUUUUUGAAUUCAAUACAAAUACGAUAACUGUUCCUAUUGCCAUAUUACAAUAUCCAUUUUACAAUUUAGGACUAGAGGCACUUAACUACGGUGCUAUAGGCUCAAUUCUAGGACAUGAGCUAACGCAUGGAUUCGAUGAUAGUGGACGUAUGUUUGAUAAAACUGGAAAUAUGCGACAGUGGUGGAGUAAUAAUACUAUUCAAGAGUAUAUCAAUCGAACUGAAUGUUUUGUUGAGCAAUAUGGCCAAUAUCAGUUACCUGAUAUAGGAGAAUAUGUGGAUGGUGAAUUGACUUUGGGAGAAAAUAUUGCAGACAAUGGAGGAAUGCGCGAAGCCUUUUAUGCCUAUAAAAAGUAUGUUCGAAAGACAGGAAUGGAAAAUAAAUUGUCAGGAAUGGAGAAGUUCAGUCAUGAACAAUUAUUUUUUAUAUCAUUUGGAAAUCUUUGGUGUGAAACGCUAACGCCAGCUGCUAGCCGUCAUGUGUUGGAAGAUGUACAUUGUCCUGGCAGUAUUCGGCUAAAAGGAGUCUUAUCGAAUUCGGAGGAAUUUGCAAAAACUUUUAAAUGCAAACGUGGUUCUGGAAUGUUUCCGGAUAAUAAUAAAUGUAGAAUAUGGUGAUUUUUGUACUAUCAAUUUUUUGUGAAUGGUGUAAUUUUUGUUUGAUUGAAUUAAAAU